CGGCGGCAUUUCAAGGGCUGCUCGGCAAGGGGCGGCCAAGUGAGUGGCCACUGCCGGCCGGUGGUGGUUUCCUUCGACAAGCCUGAGCCACGUCAAGGGAAUUUCCAGGCUGCCGUGAACAAACGCGGGUGGGGAGGAGGAGGUGCCGGUUGCCGCUUACUCGCUCCUCUGGUCUCGUGGCUACUGAGUGACGGAUGCGGGUGGCCGAAAGCAGCAGCUUGACGUGGCCUGACUUCAGGAGAGAGUCGUCCCGGCCGGGCGUUGAAAGCGAAGGGGCAUUCCGGCCUCCGCCAUGGAGACUCGCUAUAACCUCAAAAGCCCCGCUGUUAAAAGGUUAAUGAAAGAGGCUGCUGAACUGAAGGAUCCAACAGACCAUUAUCAUGCACAGCCCUUAGAGGACAACCUUUUUGAAUGGCACUUUACUGUCAGGGGUCCUCCAGAUUCAGAUUUUGAUGGAGGUGUUUAUCAUGGUCGAAUAGUAUUACCACCAGAGUAUCCCAUGAAACCACCAAGCAUUAUUCUCUUAACGGCUAAUGGCAGGUUCGAGGUGGGAAAGAAAAUUUGCUUAAGCAUUUCAGGACAUCAUCCUGAAACAUGGCAACCAUCAUGGAGCAUAAGAACAGCUUUGCUAGCAAUUAUUGGAUUUAUGCCAACAAAAGGGGAGGGAGCCAUAGGAUCUCUGGACUACACACCUGAGGAAAGAAGAGCGCUUGCAAAGAAGUCUCAGGAUUUCUUUUGUGAAGGAUGCGGAUCACUUAUGAAGGAAGCUCUCCUGCCUCUGACUUCUGGAAGUGCCUCAAGCCAGGCAGAUAAAGAGGCCAAGGAACUUGCAAGACAAAUCAGUUUCAAGGCUGAAGUAAAUUCAUCUAGAAAAUCCAUCACUGAAUCUGCAGAUCUGUCUGGAUUGAGCCACUUGACCAGUUCCCCUGAAGUCCAGCAGCAAAGUACAACUCCAGCAUUCCAGGAUACCCCCUCCAGUGAAGUGUCGGACAAUCAAACUAAUUCAGCCACUUCUGGUCAAGAAGAACAUACCCAACUGGUGUCAAGUAGUACAUCCAUGAGUCCUCGACAGCGACGUGCACAGCAGAGAAGGGUGCCAUCUUCAACCAACUUCAAUCAGGUCCAGCAGCCAAGAGUCAACACAAGCCACAUGGGGUCAAAUAUGCUGAUUCUUCUCCUUGUUUUAGCAUUGGCGGCUCUUAUAUUCAGGCGAAUAUAUCUAGCUAAUGAAUAUAUAUUUGAAUUAUGAGUUUACCUUGUUCUUCAGUUACUUGAAUGCUUUAUUAAAACAUUCUGUCAGAUAUGUCUUGAGGACUGUUUACAUAAGAUUACAUUUUGUAUUUACUCGUUUUAAGUAUGAAUGUUAAUGUACCAUGAGGCACAUUAAUUUCUGUCAAGAAAGCACACCUUGAUGUUGGUGUGAAUGUGGACUGUUCAGUAUAUUUAUACAAACUGAGCAGAUUGACUACAAAAUUAUUUGGGGAAUCUGUUUCUGCAGUAGCAGAGCAUUUAAGGAAUGUGGGGAACUGAAAGCAUCUGAACUCUGGUGGAUAAUUUUAAUUGACAGACAUAAAAUUAUGGUGGUAUUCUGGAGUAAGAGAAGGAAGUGAGUGCUGAUUCAUAAUAAAUUUUAUUAUAAAAUUUUGCCUGAGGGCUUCUUAAAUUGAAAUGCAGAUAUGUUUGCAUAACAAGUAUUCUUAAAUUUAUCAGAAAGGGGAGCUUGUUAAUAUUUGUAAUUACUUUUGUUUCCUAGACAAUAAAUUCAUUUUAAAAAUCCCUUAAAUUGUAGGGAUUUUGUCUUCAGUGAAGAAGAGGGGCCAGAACAUUGUCUGCUUUCCUUUUCCCUGGUUUUUUUUAGUUGUUCUGGAGUUAGACAGGAUAAUCUCUUGCAAGAUCUGAAUGUUGUUUUCUAAUAUUCAAUUGUAUAUAUAUAUUUUUUGGGGGGGGGGUUAAAUUUGAAGAACCUGGAAAUAGCUAUGUAAUAUUUACUUGGAAGUUACUGACUACAACUUAUUGCAGAAAUAUACUUAAUGCUUUGAAUUGAUAGUUUCAUGUGCCCAUAAUUAAAAAAAAUUAAAAGCAAUUACACAGUCCAUGAGCUAAGCUAUAAGGUUGUUUUUAAUAAGGUUGUUAUAGCUGUCCACAAAAAUAUGUCAGCGUCAGAGCACCUUUGAUCUUUAUUUAAAUAAUAGCCAUUAAGUUGAUAAGGAAAGGACUCUUGAGAUUUUAAGAUCACUCCUUUUCAACAGUUCUUCCUUGCCAGCAUCUAGAUCCUGACAUUGUAUGUUCCUGCUGAUUUCUUGAAUUAAACGAUUACACUUUCAA